AUGUCCAUGUCUGAUCUCGUCUCCGGUGGCGCAGGCUGCGGCCCUUCGAAUCCGCUUCAGAACAUUGGCAAGCGCUUCGGUCAGGAUCGCGCGGCUCAGCAAGAUACCUUUGCCUCGAAUCCAUAUGUUCAACCGCAAGCUCCUUCCUUUCGUUCGGAUACGCGUGCGGUUGCCACAUCCUCGUCGCAGCCUGCCUUCUUCAACGCUCCUUCCCAGCAGGCUCCUUUCGCUGCUCCGCAAAACAACAUCCACGAUGCCUUUGAUGUCUCGCAGCUGCGUGGCAAUCUGCCAAGCGGAUCUCGCACACCCACGCAGAGCAUGCAUCAUCAUCAUCAUCACCACCCUGCACCAGCCGCUAGUAUGGCUGAUCUCGAGGCAAGCUUUCGUCCCGCCUUCUCGAGAAACUCAGCGGCAACAAAUGCUCCUCGUGCUGCUCCUUCUGGAUGGGCCACCGACUUUCUUAGCGCAGAAGCUUCGCACUCCAACGUCCAGGCUCAGCCCACCCAGCAGCAGCAAAUGCACGUUCAGCAGCAUUCCGCCCACGCCGUUCACCCCAACGUCAUUCCCAUGGGUCUUCGCAUGGGUAUGAUGCCCCAUGCUGCUCCUAGCAUGCACUUCUCGCACAGCCUUGAACACCAACCACGCCAGCAGCACUUCUCUCAAUCUCAACAAUCAUCCACAGCUCCCCAACUCGAUAACGCAAAGUGGGCUGAAGCCUUCACCGCAUUCGAGGCCUCUUCUCAUCACGCAGAAGCGGCCCCGAAACUCACGUCGGAUGCCAAGCCAAUUGAAAAGGUCGACUACGCCAAUCCGCAAGAGCGAGAUGAACUCGCUAGAACCGCAGGCAGACUCGUCUCUUCGGUCGAGCAUGACCAGAGCACCAAGUUCCGUCAGAGUAACUUUCUCGACCUCAUGCGCAAGAUCCGCGACAAGCAGGCGGGCAUCCAAGGCGACAAUAUCGUCGAGAACGCCGACAUGGCGGCUUCCUCAACCCUCGACAAGGGCAAGGCCAAAGCGCACGAGCCACAGUCGCAGCAAGAAGCCUACCAGUGGGCAAAUCAGAUGGCAGCCAACGGUGGGCUUUCCAAACUUCCGCCCAGUGUCCAAAGGUCUCUGACCAGGAACAACGCACUGCAAUCCGACGUUCCUGCGCACCUUCGCACGCAGCAAGAGAUUCAGAACCAACAGGCACUCAAUGAUCUUUGGGCCGAGGAGGAUGCGCGCAGCGAGGCCAUUGAAAAGCAAGCCAUGCACGAGAGUUCUCGGGCUUUCGUCGGCGACGGCGGCGAUGUGACCGAGAGGAUGCGCGAAGACGAUGCCGACGCCCGAGAGUUUGAGCGAUACCAGCGCAUGGGUGCCAACAUCCCACACGCUAGCACCUUCAACAGGGGGUGGGAGGAAGAUAUGAACCGCCCUGCCGAUCAGUUGGACGACGAAGAGCUCGACUUUGUCGGUCGCCGAUGGGAAGGCACGAAAGGCAGAGGAUACCCGAGUGCACAGACUGCCGAGUGGGACAAGCUGCAGAGUGACUGGGACAACUUCGAAGUCACUUCAGCUGGAAUCCGACCCGUCACGCUUCCACAGCGAUCUGCUACCGCCGCCGCCACAGCCAUGCAGCCGGCUCCUACCUAUCGCUUCCUCAGCGACAAUCCUUACAUUGCUUCGACGCGACAUCACGCAGCUCAUGCCGGUGGUCUACCUGCUGGUCUCGAGUCGGUUCUUGAAAAGGAAGCCGCAGUGCAGCAGGAUCCGUACAACGCUUCGGCGUGGUAUGAUCUCGGUGUCAAGCAGCAGGAGAACGAGCGAGAGGUGCAAGCCAUCGCAGCGCUGCGAAAAGCGCUUGAGCUCGAUUCCAACCUCAAAGACGCUUGGUUGGCGCUUGCUGUGAGCUACACCAACGAGAAUGACCGUACUGCUGCGUACGAGGCGAUCGAAAAGUGGAUUGAGAGGAACGACAAGUAUCGCGAGGUUGCGCAACGUGCCAGCACUCACGCGGCGGCUGCGGCUGCAAGCACUAAGCAGCGCGAACGAAGCGACAGCGUUUCGUCGCACAGCACGUCGGCUUCGAUUGUCGAGCAGCACACGCGUUUGACCGACCUGCUGAUCUCGAUGGUGCGCAGCGGUGGCGAACGCGGCGAGAUCGACGCCGACGUCCAGGUAGCUUUGGGCGUAAUCUUCAACUCGAGCGAGGACUACGACAAAGCCGUUGACUGCUUCUCGACCGCGCUCUCCGUCCGACCACAAGAUUGGUUGCUGUACAACCGUCUGGGAGCCACGCUUUCAAACUCCGGUCGAAGCGCGGAGGCGAUCCGGUACUACCACCACGCCUUGAACCUGCAACCCGAAUUCGUGCGUUGCCAUUUCAACCUGUCCAUCUCGUGUCUCAACCUCAAGAUGUACCAGGACGCCGCGGAGCACAUCUACACGGCGCUGACAUUGCAGCAGGCCGAAGCUGAGACAUUGGGCAUGGUCAACGAUGCAACUGGCGCGACGAGUGGAAGUCUGUGGGAGACGUUCAGGGUUGCGUUGGAGUUGUUGAACAGAAGCGACCUGGCGGCCAAGUGCAGUAUGGGGGACAUCAAUGCUUUUGACAUUAGCGAUCUGGUCGCUCCCAUCUCGGCGGUGGGGAGGAGCAAUGGCGAAGUUGACUACGAGUGA